CACCGCCACCACCACCAAACAUCCUCCUUAUAACCACAAGAUCCUACCUCUACCACCGUCAUCAUGUGCAUGAAGGCUACCUGCUCUACGUGCCAAAAAACCUCCUGGUGGGGCUGCGGCGCGCACAUCCCCUCGGUCAUGGAUGCGAUCCCGGAGAGCGAGCGGUGCACCUGCACGCCCAAGGUCGAGCGGGAGGGCAAGGCCUACCCGCCCAAGGCGGCGCGGUGACUCUCGGGGUGUGUUGUUAUUUAGCUUUGGGAGAUGCUGGGGAAAGAGGGGACGGGAGGGAGGCGUUGGGGUGUUGAGGGACAGGGUGAUACUGGCGGAAUUCUGCUGGAGGUGACGAUAUACAUGUACUGUACGCAUGUCAAUAAUACAAACAAGAGAAUUU